AUGGUAUCUUCCAUGGCUAUGCUCCACCUCGUGCUUACUCUCGCCCCUUACGUGCCUGGCUGGCCUUUCUUGCAAGAGUGGCCUUCCAAGUUUGGCUGGCCUUUCGGGUCUAGAGAGCCAUUCGAGGGUGAUGGGUUAAUUGAAUAUGGGAAAUGUCAGGCAGGAUGUGCUACCCUUGUUAUGGCAUGUUACGCGGGCGAGGGUGCCGCCUGGGGUGACACUUUGGGUAAAACUGCUCCUCCUCCCGUCAAGACUUGUAACUCGAACUUUGGAGAUUGCCAGGCUGAGUGUGCUCAGAGGUGGCUAUGGCCAACCUCCAGCGCCAGAUGA